UCUAAUCUUUGCACUCAUCCCAACGUUCAGUGAGUUGUUCUAAUACCUUCGGUGGCUAUUUAUCUGAGCAGAGAUAGACAGAACAUUGAACCAACAUGCUAUUAGCACGAACAACCGCAGCUCUGAUCUGUUUGUGCUCAGGUACAGGUAUCUUAACAGCUCUCUCAGUCUGCAAAUCUGACCCGUCUAAGGAUCCCUGCUCCUUCCCUGAACGGAUCAUUUCAACUUUCAUCACUCAGUUACAGGUCGCAGCCUCGUGUGCAGGCAAUGGGACGAGCGCCUUGACAGAUAAGCAGACCGCUGGCCUGCUGGACUCAGUCCGAACACUCGCACACAUCCUGGAGGAACAGCAGACAAAAUUUUGUAAGUUUGACUUUCCCAACGAAAAUCCUGAAGAUGUCACCCCGAACAAAAUGUGCCCCGUCCCUGAUCUCCACAAGAACGGAGGACUUGUUUGUGUGACGGUCAAACAAACACACUACUGCAAACCCAUGUGUAACCAGGGGUACGACUUCUCAUUCCUGAGGAGGACUCGUCUUUAUGAGAAGUGCAGUAAGGAUACUGGAUAUAAAUGGACAACCCAACACAUAGGAGGGAACAAACUGGCAUACUGCAUAGCGUCUCCUAUUCCAGUCGCAGGAAGUGCUACAGCCUACUUCCCCAAAAACCAGGACUGUCUGAAGACAGGCAAAACGGACAAAAAUGGUGUCAUCGAUCAGCUUGUCAAAGAGCUGGAGACAGACCAAACUGAGACUGAGAAUGCCUGCCUCAUCUGUGGAUAACCACACAUUAGCAUUUUGGAUCUGCAGGUCAGAUGUAACAGACCACUUAGUCAAAUGGUCUGAACUAAACUAAUCCAGGCUAGGCACUUGGGUUAAGGUCAAAGAAGCAGUGGUCAAUCGGGCAAUACCCAAAACUUAUUGGGUAUUGAACAUACUAAAUCAAUCUACUAGCAUUCAGACAAAUCCAGAGAGUACAAAAGGCCCCGAUCCUCAUAAUUAUAAUUCAUGGAAAUUGGUGAUUGGUUAAAAGCAAGAUAUGUGCACUUCCACAAAACACCACUAGGGGGAAUUAUAUCAUAGAAGCAGAAGAUAUUACAGUAAGAACUAAUUGAAAACAAUAAAUAAUCAUGUAUGCAAGUACAUCAAAAAGCACAUUACUGAAUAUAUGUUCCUUGAUGAAUAAUAAACAGAUGACAUAACAUAGGUUCUGUGUUCCUCAAGAAUAUAGAGGAUAGUCCAAUUUUCUUUGUUAUUACAUUAAAAUAAUACAAAGUUGCUUUUGUAAUAGUUACCUUGAAUCAGCUGAAAUGCCUGCUGUAAGAUCAAAACUGCUAAUGUACCUGCAAACUAAAAUAGCUACCAUUGACAUACCGGUGUUAUGGUACACAGAAGACUUGAGACUGUAUAUUUGUGACAAUGCUCUCUAUGCUGCAGUUUAUUUUUAUUGACAAAAUAAAUUAAUAAAUGAAUGCAAUGAAUAA